AAGCCCAAACCCUUCUCUCUCCUCCCCGCGCCGCCGUCGAGAUGUUUCGGAGCCCGGCCGCCGCCGCCGCCUCCGCCCUCCUCCGCCGCCUAGGCCCCCGCGUAUCCGGCGGUGGAGGCGGCGCUUCCACUCACCGGCGAUUCGCGCCUCCGGUAUCCACCUCCAUCCUCUCCCGCUACUCCUCCGCGCCGACGUCCUCCCCUUCGCCGCCGCCACCGCCACCCCCACCGCCCUCCGACGCCGCGGCGGAUGGGGAUAACCGAGCGGAAUCGGGGGAACCCGGCUCCAGUCUCAGCAUCACCAUCGACCGCUCCGGCCUGUACAAUCCCCCAGAGCACUCGCACGAGCCGUCGUCGGAUUCCGAGCUAGUGAAGCACCUCAAGAGCAUCAUAAAGUUCCGCAGCGGGCCUAUCAGCGUAGCCGAGUACAUGGAGGAGGUGCUGACGAACCCGCAGUCAGGGUUCUACAUCAACCGCGACGUGUUCGGGACAUCCGGGGAUUUCAUCACCUCGCCGGAGGUCAGCCAAAUGUUUGGAGAGAUGACUGGUGUGUGGGCAAUGUGCCUCUGGGAGCAAAUGGGGCAGCCAGAGAAAGUCAAUCUGAUUGAGCUUGGUCCAGGGCGCGGAACUCUCUUGGCAGAUUUACUUCGUGGGUCAUCAAAAUUUGUUAAUUUCACCAAAGCACUCAACAUUAACUUGGUAGAAUGUAGCCCCACGUUACAAAAGGUGCAAUACAAUACUCUGAAAUGUGAAGAUGAGCCCAUUGGCGAUAAAACAAGGACAGUUAGCAAGCUUUGUGGAGCCCCUGUACACUGGCAUGCUUCCCUUGAACAGGUUCCUUCAGGAUUGCCAACUAUAAUUAUUGCACAUGAAUUCUAUGAUGCCUUGCCAAUUCAUCAAUUUCAGAAAGCAUCACGUGGCUGGUGCGAGAAGAUGGUGGAUCUUGCAGAAGACUCAUCGUUUCGCUUUGUUCUAUCUCCACAGCCUACAGCCUCUUUACUUUUCCUUUCCAAGCGGUGCGGUUGGGCUAGUUCUGAGGAACUUGAGAAAGUUGAGCAUAUUGAAGUCUGCCCGAAAGCAAUGGAGAUCACUGAACAGAUUGCAGAUAGAAUUAGCUCGGAUGGAGGGGGUGCACUUAUCAUUGACUACGGAAAAGAUGGAAUAGUCUCUGAUAGUCUUCAGGCAAUCCGCAAGCACAAGUUUGUACACAUAUUGGAUAACCCUGGUUCAGCCGAUCUGAGUGCUUAUGUUGAUUUUGCAUCAAUCAGACACUCCGCUAAGGAAGCUUCAGAUGAUAUUUCUGUUCAUGGGCCAAUGACUCAAUCCCAGUUCUUGGGCUCUCUUGGUAUAAACUUCCGUGUGGAAGCCCUGCUCCAAAACUGUGCUACUGAUGAGCAGGCCGAGUCUCUGAGGACAGGCUACUGGCGUCUUGUCGGAGAUGGUGAAGCCCCAUUCUGGGAAGGUCCUGACGACCAAACCCCAAUUGGCAUGGGUACUAGGUACUUGGCCAUGGCCAUUGUCAACAAGAAGCAAGGCACACCCGUUCCAUUCGAGUAAAAGAAAUACUGGAACCGUUUCUCCUCUCCUCAGGUAAAAUAACAUCACUGCCGUGUAACUCUUAUGCUGCUGAUGAAUUCUGCCGGCGGGCAGUCCAGAUAGAUAAGGACGAUUCUUGUCAACCUUUUCUAAUGCACACCAUACAUGGACUCGUUCAGAUGCGUGCUGUUUUUUUUAUAAGAAGUGUGUACUGCUUUGUACUUGCUGCACGGAAAGAAUUGGUCGGUUUGACAUUCCUGUUACUACAUAGGUUUCUUCGUGCAAGAUGGGAUAGUGGUUGUAUCAAAGUUUCUGGUACAAUUCCUGAAUUUCUACUAGUGUUCAACCUUGAGAUACAAGUUAUGCACAUUGUUUAGCUGCGGAGUCAGCUGUUUAGACCUUGAGAUGUCAUGCAUUACGCAUUUGUGCCUCUGUUUGGUAUAUGUGUUCCAGUUCACUGCUUCUAAAGUCUAAAGAGGCUAUAGAUUAGUAUUUAAAACCGGUUUACCCGUUUCAAAAGCAUGCUUAUCUUAUGUCAUUCGUGCAAAGCCUUGUAUGAUUGUAUCCUUGUAUGCCACCAAUCAGUUGAAGUCAAAUAUGUAUUUGUUCGGUACAA